AUGGAUCCAGAUCAAAAGUUUGGAGUUGAUGAUGGAGAUGAUAUUGAAGAUAAGCAUCGAUAUCGAAGUCUAGUUGGGAGACUAAUUUAUCUUACUGUUACACGACCCGAUAUUUCCUUUGCUAUUGGUGUAGUGAGUCACUUUAUGGAGUCACCCAAGAAGGCUCAUUGGGAUGCUAUUUGUCGCAUUCUUCGGUUCCUUAAAAGCUCUCCUGGUAAGGGAUUGAUUUAUAAACCGAAUGAUUCUUCCAAUCUGGUUGGCUACUCUGAUUCAGCGUGUGAUCGGUGGUCUACGACUAGGUAUUGCACUUUUCUUGGUGAUAAUUUAGUUACUUGGAGAAGCAAGAAACAGACUACCAUUGCCAGGUCUAGUGCAGAAGCUGAAUAUCGUGCUAUGCCACCUAUUUAUAUCUCUGGGAAUCCUGUUUUUCAUGAGCGAACCAAGCAUAUAGAAGUUGAUAGUCACUUUGUUCGUGAUGCUGUGAAGCGGAAGUUGGUUGCUACUCUUUACGUUGCCUCUAGAGAUCAAUUUGCUGAUACGUUCACUAAAGCGUUGUUUCGUCCUGCCUUUGUUGCUGGUUGUUCCAAGCUGGGCAUGGGUGACCUAUAUGCUCCAGCUUGA